GGAAGUAGAGCCCAGAGAGGGCGGGCCUUAGGCUCCAGGCGGAAGAGAUGGCUGGGCCUUGGUGCUGGAAGCACUUAGGCAGCGCCAGAGAACGCGAGGCGGCUGCUUCUCCCGUCUCUCCGCCUCCAGGGACCGGGAGGUGAUGUGCUGCUCCUCCGCCUCCAGCGCUCCUUCCCCGGCAGAGGAAGAAGGCUAGUGGCUGCAUAGCAGGAAUCAUGGCAUCACCUUGACUGAUAGUGUUUGUCUAGGAACUGCAUGAACCGGAAAAAAGUCCCUAGGAGCCAAAACAAUAAAGGUGCAGAGCAUGGAGAAUGAUGAAUUUCCGUCAGAGGAUGGGAUGGAUUGGUGUGGGAUUAUAUCUGAUAGCAAGCGCAGCUGCAUUUUACUAUGUCUUCGAAAUCAACGAGACUUACAACAGACUAGCACUGGAGCACAUUCAGCAGCCUCCUGGAAAACUUAGAGAAGAAACUACUUGGAUGCACUCCUUAAAAACACGGCUGCUGUCUGUACCCUUUUGGCUGUGGACCAUUAUCUUUUUAAUCCCUUACUUACAGAUGUUUUUGUUCCUUUACUCCUGUACAAGAGCGGAUCCCAAAACAGUGGGAUAUUGCAUCAUUCCUAUUUGCUUGGCUGUUGUUUGCAAUCGUCACCAAACAUUUGUGAAGGCCUCCAAUCAAAUCAGCAGACUGCAACUGAUUGACACUUAAAUCAAUCUGUGCUUUCCCAUGAGUGGUUUUAGAUAAUCUGAAGAUGCUUGGCUGUGUCAGUGGAAUAUAUGAAUGGAAUUUGAAAUUCUUUUUGUCAGUGUUAACUACUGAAUAGAACACUUACCUUUUUUAAAAUAAGUUGAUUUAGUGUAUGGAUUUGUUCUGCCUGGUGAGGUAACUGAGCCUCCUUUGAGAUUAGAGGAUGCCAUUCUUCAUAUUGCCUUAUAAUGCAGAAUUUCUACACUCCACUGGAAGCUUUUGUGAGGAAAUGUUUUUGAAACCUUACUUCACUGUGUCCUCUGACCCCCUUCUUCCUGGGGAGGAGAAUCUGAAAAUUGACUCUUCUUUUGUUAUAAUUUGUACAGUUUGGAAUGAUCAUACAAGUGGCAUUUAAUACAUUGUUGUGCUUUCUCCUUCAAUAAUGUUGCACUCAAUAAAACAGGGCUCUAUUCAUACACACAAUUAGAAGAACAUGAACUCUGGUAUUUUUUCCCCCUAUUUCUAAUUGAGUGUUACUUGUUGGGACCAGUUUCUAUGAAAUUAUUUUUUCAUAAAUAGGCAUAAACAUUCAGCUUAUGCUUUGUACCACACAAAAAAGCUGCCUAAGUUUAGCCUGGCAAAAUGCAUGUGAGCAGCCUAGAUAUUAUUUGUCAAGCUAGUUGCAUUCUCUGCCCAAUGGCAAUUAUAACGUCAUUUAUAUGAAACGCUGAAAAAGAGCGAGCUCAACACCUUGUUUCACUGUGAAGACUUGUUUCCCAGAUGUGUAGGAACAUGUUAGCAUCCUGCUGCUUACCUGUGCAUACCUGUAAGUCUUAGAUAAUUGGGAAGAACUACUUGUCCUAGGAAAACAGAGAUAGAUAACUGGGGGAACUACUUGUCCCAGGAGAACAGAUAAUAGCAAGAUUAUUCUAGAGUAUAUUGACAAAAAGCCAAAUCACAAGAUUGCUUUUAAUUGCAUGAUGCUGACUACAUUAUUAAUUUUCAGGAGUCUUCUGCAGUUGAAUGGAGAUGUUGAUGAACAUGGGUCUGCUAUGUCUAUUUGCAUUUCUUGGGCUAUACAUGCACCUGAAAAUCUUUGUGUAAAUUCAAACACUUGCACUGCAGAAUUCAAGCACUGGGAAACCUUGUAGUAAUAUACUUAAGCCAACAGAACUGGCUUCUGCUAAUCUCUUGGUUAAUUUAUUGAUUUUGGACAGCUCUCCUAGUUGACAGCUUAAUGUCAAUGGGCUAGGGCUCAAGAAGGCAAUGGUGAAAAGAAAAUGUCACCAUAGCAGGGUCCCCCCCUCCCUCUUUAAAAUAAAGUAUGCUGUGUAACUUA